GUAGCGUCCCGGCCACCACUCGCCGCCCGAGCGUCCCGCGUUACGCACGUCUCCAUAGUAUCAUUACCCUGACGGAAUUUACGUGUCCCGACACUGACAAUCGUGGUAGCAUGUGUUAAGUGGUCAUUAAAUUGAGCAAUAUGAAAGGCAGACAUCAAUUCCGUCGCCGAUUUAGUUUACAGCCUUCCUUUCUGAAAGAAGAACCCGAAGAAGACAGAAGACCGCCAAGGUCUGAAAGAACCGAGCACACAGUUACAUCCAGCAGCGGCAACCUCACCAACAAUGCAGUACGACACAAAAUAGUCGUCCUUGGCGCGGCCAAAGUUGGCAAAUCAUCCCUCAUAUCACAGUUCCUGUAUAAUACAUUUUCUCCAAAAUAUAAGCGAACUAUCGAAGAAAUGCACCAUGGUGACUUCAACGUAGCCGGCGUGAGAUUAACUUUAGAUAUUUUGGACACGUCAGGUGCUUACGAGUUUCCAGCGAUGAGAGCACUAUCCAUGCAAUCAGCGGAUGCUUUUAUAUUAGUUUACGAUAUAACUGAUGCGAAUAGUUUCGUCGAAGUUCGUGCGCUGAGGGAUCAAAUUCAUGAAACUAAGGAAAGCACAGCGGUUCCGAUUGUGGUUGUCGGUAACAAAGUUGAUUUGGCUGAAUCCGGAGAGAGACAGGUGGAGUUCCACACAACCGAAUCAGUUGUAACGGUUGACUGGGAGAACGGAUUUGUGGAGGCAUCAGCGAAGGAUAACAUAAACGUGUCCCAGAUCUUCAAGGAGCUGCUGGUGCAAGCGAAAGUAAAAUACAAUCUAUCUCCAGCUCUUCGGCGACGACGACGUCAAUCAUUGCCGACUGGCCCCCAAGGGCCCCCUGGUUCUGCUCCAAGUCCUUCACAAUCCAAUCAACCUCAUGUACCGUCGCCUGCGCAGCUCGCACACCUACAACAGAUCAGGGAAAGACACGCUAAUAGCAAACGUAAUUCAUGCACUAUCUCCUAAAUUAUCCUUCCAUUCUGAAGUAUAAUCAUGCAAUCUUUACUGAUUAUUUUUAAAGAUAUUGCAUGUAACAUAACUUGUCUUCCUUGCAUUUACGUCGAAACUAUUAUUUUGAUUCGAAUUCCAUUGAAAAUAAAUCCCUAAACGUAUUUUUUUAAAACAUUCAAAGAUAUUUUAUCUCUAGAUACAUUAUUUACUUAAAAGCGAACACUAAAUCUAGCACAACUCUUAAUAUUUAAUAUGUUUUGUCAUCAGUGACACAGAAUUUUUACCACAGCUUCAAAAACGAUUGUUAACAAAAGAUGAGUAAAUUCUUAUCCUUCUUGUAUAAAAAGAUUUAACAGAUAAAACGUCUAAAUGUAUACAUUACUUCGUAACAUUUUUAUAAAACGUAUAUCACUUCAUCUAUCUUCCUUUUAAUUAACAACUACCCCGUUUUAUUUUAAAACUAAUUAAGCCUUCGAAUAAUCGAAUGAGAUUUUUUAAAUUAAAAAUUAAAAUGUAACGCCAACGCCGUAGGCAAUUAGUUUAUAUAAGUUAGAAUUUAUAAAAUAUAUCUUGGAAAUGAAAUUUUUGGAAAGGGUGAUUAAGUGUAGGUUGAAUUGUAUCAUGACUGGUUCGUUUUAAGGUAAAAUUAUUUCACUUAUAACGUAAGAAAAUAUUAGAAUAGUUAACUCUUCAUUCUUCUUUGGUCCGUCCUCUGUGCUACUCAGAAUCUAUUGGACCGACUAUUCUUUUACGUUUUUCAAGUUUCAAAUUGUAAUGUGUACUUGAACAACAAUGUUAUUAAUCGGAUUUAU